GUCGGCGAUGUCUUCGCUUCUUUUGCUUUUCGCCAUCCUCGAGGGAAUGUGUGGAUUUGCGUUGCCCAUUUGUAGCGUCUUCAGUAAACCUGCUGGAUCACAUGGACGCUAUUACUAUGAAAAUUUUCUCUUCUUCCAAUAUGGUCUUUCAAUCUUGGCUUUGUGUUACCUGCAAGCCCUUAUAUUCUACUAUGAUCAGAAAGCAAACUAUUGCCAGAAAUACAAUCGAAGGUUUGUCCAGCACCAAGCCAGGCUAGAUGAGGUCUGGCCAUGUCACCUGAAAACUGCGCCAGAGUAUUUGGCGAACAAUAUUGAUCAAAACCCCCCGGGACUUGCACUAGAAUACGAAGUAUUAACGACCACGGAACAGUGGAACAAACCGUCCACACCGGAGACAUCGGAGCCCUCCAUACUUCAAGCUACACUCACGGAUAAGCCCGAAACCUCCCACCGACCAAGUUCAAAAGUACCAACGACCAGAUAUCCGCGAUUCGCCCAUUCCGUGCCACACCUGACUUUCGUGCUGCCAGAAGACAGUGUCACUGAUACCAGAGAAUCAACUGGAACCAACGCAAUCGACCGAAACAACACAGGUGAACUGGAAAUUCAUUCUGUUGAACACAUACCUGAAACAUCUGAUGCAUUUCCACAACAGUUCGAAUGCGCUGAUCGUGAAACCCCGGUAGAAUACGGUAGAUUUUGUGAUCAAAAUGUAAUCAAAGGGGAUAAAUCGCAAGCCUUGGAAGUGGAGCAGGGAGCAAGGUCGGACAAUUCGAUCGCUGAUGAUGACAGUACUUGUGAGCAUCUACACGUACCUGAAGUCCCAUCUAACUCCAAGAUACCUACUGUACGGAAUUUUCGACAGAAACUCUCCAGUGUAUUACCACUGCAAGUACUUUUUGGCGACGAUCCUCAGAAAAGCCGUCCUCCAGGGUGGUACUUUUCUCGUGACACAGAAGGAGUCAAUCUGUAUCUCCGUCUGGGAGCUGUGGGAUUCGGAUUUGGUGUGAUGAUCUUCGAUGGGUUCAAGAUCGCGGAACCCUGGGAAGCUCGGUUGAACGAUCAGGACUCUUGUCACAAUCACUUUUGGAUACCAAUACACAUUUUACAUUUUAUCUAUGUGUUCUGGCAGACCUAUUUUCUUUUCAAACAUCAUCAGGUUGUAUUCAACGUUCAGAAGUUUGUGCUCCGUUUCCUACUAUGUCAUUUAGCCGUUGCCAAUUUAUGUCAGUGGUUAAAAACGGUCGUUGAUGAAAUCAGCGUUGAACCUCAUGAGACAACAACCUCGACGCUCCCACUAACGCUGCAUGAAACCACACACGAACUGAAGAACCUAUCUCUACUACAAACAAGCAGUGUGUCCACAGUCCAUACCACAACUGAUCCGCAUAUGGCCACACAUUCUCGAUCAAUAGGGCACGGUUGCCGAUCCACUGCAAAAUACCUGGCCCCGUUCCUCUUCCCAUGCGCAAUCGAAUACAGUCUCAUAGCUGGUGCCAUGUUCUACAAAAUGUUUCAAAAAGUUGGCCACGUGCGACAAGAGUCCGAACGUCUGGAACGAAUUCGUCAAGCCAACAACGUUUCGGGUCAUUUUGCCGAAUGUCAUCGCUCUCACAAAGGUUUAUUUAUCGGAUUGCUGCUGUUCAUGGUCACUUUGGUCAGCAUGUGUUUGUUCUUCAUAUUUUUCACACGACUUGAUAAGCGAAACACUGCAAUCACACUGUACCAGUGUACUGAACUGGUUCUUCUCGGAUUGAGCAUGCUCACUUGUGUGUUUACAAUGAUUCGACUUCGUGUAUUACACUUGAGCAACUUGUCUGAAGAGGGCGCGUUCGACGACAACCUCUUGCUCGUAGGUUUGGUGGGUAUGAUUUUCUACGACCUGUUCCUAUUGGUGCCUGCAUUGGAAGCCAUUCCAUCGGGGAAGAUUGCCGCCAAGCUUUUUGCUGCGAAAGCCCUCAUGGAAAUCGCACAGUCUAUGGUUCAGGUAUUCUUCAUCCUCGAGGGGUCACGAAGGUGCGCAGGGAGUGUGGCACAUGUCCAUAACAAACCAGGACGUACUCUGAUCACAUUUCUCCUCAUUCUAAAUCUCGCCAUGUGGUUCGUCAACACAUUCGAAGUCAAGCGGGCGGAUAACCACAGCAUCCACAUAGAUUAUUACACAGGGAUGGCGUGGAAGAUCAUCACACACAUUUCUCUGCCAAUGAUUGUGUUUUUUCGAUUUCAUUCCACUGUCUGCCUGUCGGAUAUCUGGGCCAACGCGUACAGGUUUCGAGCAAGCUAGCGGUUCACCGGCCGAUCCAACCCCGAUUGGCUCUUCUUUAAUUCACCAAUCAUCUGUUUGUAUGCGCAUUUUCAUUUUGAUUGGUUAACUAGUUUGCGCACUAGUGUCUCUCAAUUGUAAGAUAAGUUGGCUGAAAUAUAUAUGGCUCGAG